AUAUUAUAUAUAUGCCUCCAACCGAGUCUCAAACUUCACACUCAAAACUACUUCUCCUUCAUUGCAAGUAUUUCAAACAAUUUCUUUCUUCUUGAAGCCAAGAAUGGUAGCCGCCUCUCCGUUUUCAAUGCGAUACAAGAAAACAAAGGCGGUAGGAAUUCCUACGAUCGAUCUUUCAAUCCAAAACAAGUCAGAAGUAUCGAGAAUGAUCGUAAACGCCUGCGAAGAGCUCGGGUUCUUCAAGGUUAUCAACCAUGGUGUUCCUGAAGAGGUAAUAGGAAGAAUGAAAGAUGAAGGGGCUCAAUUCUUUGGAAAAACAAUGAUGGAGAAGCGAGAAGCCGGACCGGCUAGGCCUUUUGGUUAUGGCUGCAAGAACAUCGGUGUUAAUGGUGACAUGGGAGAGCUUGAAUAUCUUCUUCUUCACACCAAUCCUCUUGACAUCUCCGAGAGAUCCCAAUCUAUUAACUCCAAUGACCCUACAAAAUUCAGUUGUGCAGUGAAUAACUAUGUAGACGCGGUUAGAGGAUUGGCGUGUGAGAUUUUAGAUCUGGCGGCCGAGGGAUUGUGGGUCCCAGACAAGUUCGUGUUCAGCCGGCUCAUCAGGGACGUCCACAGCGAUUCAGUGCUAAGACUCAAUCACUAUCCUCCAUCGGUCAACGAAUGGGACCCAGCACCUUCAAAAAUAGGAUUCGGAGAGCACUCUGACCCUCAAAUCUUGACCAUUCUCACCUCCAAUGACGUGGCCGGCCUUCAAAUUUGCUCACAAGAUGGUUUGUGGGUCCCCGUCCCUCCUGACCCCACUUCCUUCUAUGUCAUUGUUGGUGACGCCUUACAGGCGUUAACGAAUGGGAGAUUCGUGAGCUCAAGGCACAGAGCGUUGGCCAACUCAACAAGGCAAAGACUGUCAAUGAUGUAUUUUGGGGCUCCGCCUCUUGAUUCAUGGAUUGCUCCGCUACCGGAGAUGGUCUCGAACCAGAACCCGAGUCUGUAUAAGCCCUUCACUUGGGGAGACUUCAAAAACGCCGCCUAUUCUCUGCGAUUGGGAGACACCCGGCUUGACCACUUCAAGAUUGCAAUCUAGCUAGCCAGUAUUCCAGAUUUCUAGACAUAUAUUUAUAUAUUCUUGUACUUCGUUUGUGUAAACCAAUUGGUAUAGGAAUUAGGGAACUUUUGUAUAUCGGGGUGGGGUUCAUCUUUAGGGUUAUCCUUGAUACUUAAAAAACUCUAAGAAAGGCUAAAUUGUGCGAGAAUAUUGGAGCAUAACGUACCAGUCGUCGGUACAGUAAUGUGAGUUCUUAUUUUUAGUAUGGUGGUAGAAUUGUAUUUUUGGUAU